AGGGGGACCUGGAUGGAGUCUGGGGGGUGGAAGUGGGUGCUGGUGAGGGAGGUAAAGAAUCCUUCUCUUGGAGGGGGGGAGAAAGUGGGAGAUCAGAGGCGGCCCCUGAUGGUGAGGUUGGAGACUCUUCCUCGUGGAUCUCCUUAGUUGGGGGCAUCCUUCCCGUAAGGUCUUCAUGGCGAUGCUGUGUGGUUACCUCUUGUUUAGACUCCUCUUGUGUCUUGUCCUUGGCAGUAGCAACAGACGGUUGACGCAGGAAGAAAAAUAGGUUGGAGGUAAACAGUUUCACCCCCGACUUGUUCAGGCAAACUCCAUGUACCUUAAAAAGAUGUCUGCUCUCCCAGAAAAGGUAGAAAUUGUUGAUAAAAUGUACUGAAUGUCAGUACAUGCAGUUGACAGCCAUUUGUUCAGUGCAAACAGCCUGCUGAAUCCUUCAUCUCCUCCUCUGACUGGUGGAAGAGGACCACUGAUAAACACCUCAGCCUUGACAGAGCUGACUGUGUUUAACAGAUCAAUAAAGUCUCGCUUCAGAACUUCAGACUGUUGUUUCACAAUAUCACACCUUCUGUAUUCACCAUGAUGUUCUUCACUGUGGGAUAGUCAGCCACGAUGUCCAGGAUUUUGUCUCAUGUUCGAGACCAUAUCUUUCGGAAAGCAGAGUAUUUCGGUAUUCUUGCUGUACAGUGUUCUGACAUCUGACAGCAUAGUCACCAACAACCAGAGUCUCAGGCCCAGUCAUUAGCUUUCCCUGCGGCCUUUUACUCUCACAUUUACUCUCAGUACUUGCCCUGCUUUGAGAAGAUAGCUGCUUGUCCAGGCCAUCAGAUGGAGAUUUAGGAUCCUGCGACAAUGGAGCAAAUCUGUUUUGAAGUUGUAGGCUUGGUUGUUGUUCUUUUUGCUGGUUCUACUUUUCUCAGCUGUCCUUGGCUUUGUCCGGCUGAGUGCAGGGGUUGAGGAGGAGUUCUGCCUGUGUGGUAGUGCAGGCCAGCCAGUCGCAUCACAAAUCUCAGGGAACUGGGCUCUGCCUGUUAUCAUCUACAGUGAUCAGAGAACAAUGUCCACACCACUACCACUAAAUGUGGGGGGGUCCCACAGGGAAACAUUUAAGGGCCACUUUACUUCCUGUUUUGUCAAUGACAUGAAGUCAGCUUAUGAUUACAAUCCAUUCCUUUACGCAGAAGAUUCAGCUCUAAAAGUCUCCAUCAGGAUCAGUUAGAAGUAGUUUAGUUAGCGUCUGGUUAGCAGAUCAUAAGUUCCAUACUCUUUGGGUCAAAUGCAGAACUAAAGAAGUGUCCUGGGUUCAGCUGGUAGGAGGAGACUACAAAGUUCCAGUAAAGGAAUCCGUUACGUACUAAGUUUUUUUUGUCUAUUAUGCACCCUGUCUGGGGAGAGUGUGAUUUGUACUGUAAAACAACAUCUGAUCACCACCAGGAGACCCCACACAGCAUUGCAGCUGUGUAAAUACUAUUUAUUAUACUAUAGUAUUAAAUAUAUUAUUAUAUGUGUUUACAGGUGUGCUUCCUGGAGUCGGUGGAUAAAGCCACACUGUGCUGUCCGCUGUGCAGGAAGAGAGUUUCCACCUGGGCUCGUCUGAACAGCAGGAAGAACACGCUGGUGGACCAGCAGCUGUGGGACCAGAUCCAGACCUGCUUCCCUCUGCAGUGUCAGCGCCGCCUCAACGGGCAGGACGCCGCUGAGGAGGAGCCAGGAGUCUCGGUGUGUUUUCCCAGAGUGAGUCAGCCUGGAGAGCUGAAGCAGGAAUAUGAGGAUCAGGUCACCAAACUGACGGAGGAGAAGCGAGUACUGGACGAGGAGGAGAGGAGAGCCAGUGAGGAGUUCAUCCAGAGUCUGUUGGCUGAGGAGGAGGAGCUGCUGCAGGAGGAGACGAGGAGGCGCCAAGACGACGAGAGUCUGGCCAGACUGAUCAGCAGCCAGCUGGUCAGUGUUUCU